AGCCGAGGGCUCCCAGGAAGGCACCCGCCGCAGGCCUCCGCGCCACCGCGCGCCGCGGCCCCGGGCAUGGCGGCCGCGCAGAGCCCGUGCGAGGCGCGCACGCUGCUCCCCGCGACCGCCGGCGAGGGCACCGACAGCGAGCCCUCGAGCCCGCUCUCCGCGCCGGCGGGCGCCCGGCCCAGCGGCGGGCGGCGCCUCUCGAAGGGCGCCGGCGUGGCGUUGGCCGCCGGGCUCGUGGCCUGCCUCGCGCUGGGCGGCAGCGUCGCGCGGCGGGGCGCGGCGGCGCAGGUGCGCGGCGCCGCCACGGGGCGCGGCGUGCGGCCCACCGUGCUCGGCGAGGACGGCUUGGAGGACGACGGCUGGGAGGACGGAGACGGUGACGACUGGGGCGAUGGCGAAGGCGACGACGAGUGGGAGGAGGACGGCGACGAGGAGGAGCCCGCGCCCGCCGCCAAGAAGGGGGCCUCGGACGGCGGCGCCGACGAGAGGCUCAUGGAGAGCCCUCCCGAGAAGAAGAAGGCCGACGUCACCGACGACGAGGACCCCGGCAGGGCCGAGGACGCCGACUCCGAGGCUGACUUCGCGGACGCCGACUCCGAGGACGCUGCCGAGGACGACGGCGACGACGAGGAGGCCUCCGCGGGGCCUCGCAGGACCCCGCGUACGCCCACUGCAGCGACUCGGGCCACGACUGCACCAAGACCAAGUGCUGCAGCCAGCCGGGGGAGCAGUGCUACAUGCAGGGCCACCUGGCCUCGGGGCCCUGGGCCGUGUGCCGCUCGGGCUGCUUCCAGGGCCGCCACGUCACCGACGAGGGCGGCAGGCCGUGGACGUGCGAGAAGCUGGGCGAGCGCACGCCGGGCAAGGCGCCGAAGUGCAGCGCGUACGGCGAGAACUGCAUCAGCUCGCACUGCUGUCGCGACAUCGGCCUGCAGUGCUACCAGAAGGAUGCUGGCUACGCCACCUGCAAGCCCAACUGCAGCAAGGUCAUGGAUCCGUUGGACAAGGACAGCGACCCGUGGACCUGCAAGGAGCUGGGCACCAGGAGGCUGGGCCGCGCUCCGUGGGUGUCAGAGGAGUGCUCCGAGGAUUUUUCCGACUGCAGGCAGACCAAGUGCUGCAAGAUCACGGGCUCCACUUGCUUCGAGCGCGACGAACAGUGGGCGACGUGUCAGGACGCAUGCACCGACAAGAGUUGGUCGUGCAAGCCAUUGGGGCCGCCGAUGCCCAUGAGAGAGGCGGACGCUCUCGAGCGCCUUGCCCCAAAGAUCAAGGCUGCCCCAUGGGUCAAGACGAAGUGCGCCGCCUUCGGCAGCAACUGCAUGGACAAGAAGUGCUGCAUGGAUGCCGGGGCCAUGUGCUACAAGAAGGACAGCAAGUACGCCUCGUGCAAGUGGGCGUGCGUCAAGGGCACCGACCCCGCCGAUGGCGAGGACGGCGGCAACUGGUCCUGCGACGAGGUCGGCCCACGCACGCCUGGCAAGCCGGAGGUGCGCGUGAUGCAGGGCGGCAGCAAGGCGGCGUGGGUGGAGGAGAAGUGCUCCGACGCCGGCGCAGACUGCAGCAGCACCCAGUGCUGCAAGGAGGAGGGCUUCCAGUGCCUGAAGGACGGCGACAAGACCACGUGCCGAGCGGGCUGCUAUCAGUGCGAGGCUCUGGGCGCCCCAACGCCCAGAGAGUGGAGCGAAGACCUGACCUUCUUCUGCUGGCUGCUCGUGACGAAGGGCACCUACGAGGUGGACAUCAUGCGGGAGCAGCUGAGGAAGCGGGCGGGCAUAUUCGCGUGCGAGGAGCAGGCCAUGAUGACCCACGACGAGGGCUGGACGCUCGACGACGAGCUGGGGGGCGAGAUGAUGCCGAUCGAGGAGGCCGAGGUGGGAGUGUCGAAGGAUGGCACAGCUGGCAACUCCCUGCUCUUCAUCAACGCGUGGGACGCGGUUCUGGCCCUGAACAAGUGGCAGCGCCAUGACUGGACGAUCAAGACUGACCCGGAUGCUCUCAUUGUCCCGGAUCGGCUCCGGGCGUCCCUGGCGAAGGUGACGGAGGACACUCACCUGGGAGAGGAGCUCUUCGCAUACGUGAAGACGUGCCACAAGGACAACGGAAUGAAGAACAUGAUGUUCGGGGCGAUGGAGGCGCUCACGAAGGUGGCGGUCAAGAAGUACGCCGAGGGCGUCCACAGAUGCAGGCAGCUGGACUGGAAAACUUGGGGCGAAGACCUCUUCUUGAUGAACUGCAUGGACAACCUAGGCGCCAUCGGCAUGGACCGCUUCAGCAUCGUCAGCGACGACCUAUGCAACGGGCUGGACUGCGGCGACCCUGCCGCCGGAGUCUUCCACCCGAUGAAGACCGUGGACAGCUGGAACGCGUGCUACGAGAAGGCGGUCCGCUAGCUCUUCGCCAUUCUCCCUUCGCCCUCCUCGCUGCCCCCCCCUCCGGUGCCCAGACAAGAAGUGUCCACGCCGACGGCGUGAAGACAAUCAGGCAUGAUGGCAACGACGAUUGCAAUGUACACGUGGCUCGCCCCCCUCACCCCCAAACCCAAAGUUGAAG